AUGUCGGCACCCUCGAGCGACGGCCGCCCUUCUGUGGAUUCGGAGCCCCCGUUUGGCUCGUCGAACACCUUGCUGUCGCGCAACUCGGGGGGACAGUAUGUGGUGAAUGGGGAGGGUAGCUCUUCGUCGCCAUCAGGGAACAGUGUUGGAUCGAGACCCGGUACCGGUACCGGGGUGAGUUAUGGCGCUGGAGGGCCCGAGUCGGGACGGCCGCUGUCAGGGGACUCGGUUCAGGAGCGAGAUUUUGCGCGGCGGAAAGAGCGCGUGAGGAGGUCGGGGGGGUUUCUGCUAGACUCCAAUUUCGCUCGUGGUUCACGGCAGAGAAGUGCACAAGGCCAUGACGGCUAUGGCUAUGGGGCACAGCAGGCGGCCAUGGAGGAUGAGGGGGGCAAGCGCAGCUCGCGCCACCUCCAGGAGCGACCCCCGAUUGGCAGCUCACUCCAGUCGCGACAGAAGCAGGUUGAGGGAGAGAGUGCAGCUCGUCGAGACUUCUCUGCUGAUUCCCAGGAGCGUUACGAUAGACCCCAUGACCGAGUUCGAAUGGAUAAGACGAGGAAAACUGCUAAGGCUUCACAAGACACAUUGCAGGAUCGGGAGCCUUCGCCGAACCCUGCGACACAACAGCCGACAAUCGAUCCGAACCAGCUGGUACACAUGGCGCUGAACCUGAGUGAGAGUAGGAGGAGGAACAUUGGUGCUGCUCAGCUGUUGGCCCCUCAGCCGCCUAGAAGUGUCUCUGCAACACAACGGGAAAGCAGUUUUUCUGCCUAUGGCGCGGGAAGCAGUCUGCGCCAGUAUCUCAACGAGCAACGCAGAGCGUCCAGGAACAUGUCGCCGAUAGGAGGUGGCAAGGCCUCUCCCUCUCGCAGCGGCUCAAUGGCAUUCCCUGCAUCGCAGACCGUCAACCCAUCGCCUGCCACGCUCGCACGCGUCCAAAAGGCCCGCGCCUAUAUCGAGCUCAAGAUAGAGUAUUUGCGCUUGCUGGAAUUCAUGCCACCACUCAAGCCAGAGGCCGGCAAUCCCGCAAACUUCACCAUUUCCUCCAACAAUAUGCCCGGCAGCCCUCACGUACAACUCACCCGUGUGCCAUCUAAUGCCAGCAAACAGUUUGACCUUGGUCGAGAAUAUAACCCGUUGCAAUAUAUCCGCAACCGAAGGAGCAGGGCGCGCGAACGCCGUCCCUUGGACCAUUCCUCGGAAGAGUUUGCUGAUGUCGAUGCGGUUCGCGACUGGGUGGAUCGUGUAGCGCAGCAUUCUACUCGGUUUGGAUACCGGAAAGAGGAUGGAGUACAGCUACCCAAACUGCAUGCAGAUCAUCCAGUAGCCCCUGAGCCCGUGCAAUCAGCAAGACCGCAUAAAGGCUGGAUCUUUACGCCUGAAGAGUUGCUCGCAGAUGCGCAUUGGAUCGAGCAGGGGGACAAUAAGUUGUUGGCUGAGAAUCGUCAUGGCCGUAGAAUCUUCCCACCGGGGGAGCCAAAACAGCAGGAUCUACUUCAACCACGUGCAAGCAAGGAAAUUUCUGAUAAGCGGAGACGAAGCUGGGCAGAUGACGUUGCAGGAGGCCAUGGCACUGGAGAUGAGAGUGACAGGGGCAGCGAGCGUGGCCGCAAGAGAAAACUGCUGACUGUCUUGCGGAAUGACAGUCCAAGAGGCGGCAAGCAUUCGAGACGGGGCUCACGACUACGCAGUAAAGACGAUUCGGAUUCUUCAGGCUCGGAGUCAGAGUCUGGCAGACGCUCGUCGCGUCUUCCUGAAGAUCCUGAACAUAACACUGGGCCGCUUGCUUUGCUCUUGGAGCAACAGGCCAAGCAAGCUCAGUCGAGGACUCCAGCUAUUACAUCGCCAGACACGCCGGACAAGUGGGGACGAGAUCAUGUCGAGAUGCUCAAUGACAGCACCACACGACAGUCGCUUGAAGUACCUCGAGUGGGCAACGGGCACGCUGAUGGGAAAGAUCAUGGCAACUACAAGGGUCUUCUCAAAGCUCGCAAGGUUCCUACGCUGUCCAUUGAUGAUUUGGAACCACGAUCAUCGUUGGAAGACUGGGAUAGUACCGCACCAAACACUCCGCUACAACCCAAGCGCUUCCCUCAUUUUGGCGCUGACAUGUCACCACCGCCAAGCCGAGCGGGCUCAGAACACAAGAAGACGAAACGCAGUAAGCUCAAUAUCUUCCACUCGCACGAGCACGGCGAGGAGCGGAAGUAUGAGACCAGACGGGAGACAGCCGAGACAGAAAAGAAUAAUCGAUCUCGUCAGGCCAGUGAGGAAGCGUACGAGGACAAGCACAUUGGCACAUCAAUUCUGGCAGGCCCAGGUGCCGUCCGCAAUCUUCUUGCUCACCGCAAAAAUGACAGCGUCAACAGUUUACCAAGCCCAGACAAAUUACGGCGGAGGGAGACAUCAGAACCACAUUCCGCAGUCACGCGAUUCUUCAAAGGUGCCAAGCAUGGCGGCUCCAAGGUUGGAGAGUUCAUCUUCCGGCGGGAUCGGGCAGAUGACUCUGAUGUGGAGACCGCAUCUGAUCGCGGCUCAUUUGACCUUGAUACUGAUACUUCGUCCAAGGCCAGGAGGAAUAAGCCGCCACCUAUCCAUCGUGUUGCCACUGCCGGGACUAUUGAUAGUGUCGCGUCGGACAAAAGAAAUCGCAACCAUAUUGACCUCCCAUCGUUCCGCCCUGUCAAUGGAGGUCGCUUCAAAGAUGCAUCUGGUCAGGAUGGAGAGGACCACAUUUCGCGACAGGCUCGUGAGCGAAAGACCAGUCGGUCAGCCCAGAUGGAUAAGCUGCAGCCACUACGCAUGGACCUGGGUACCAUCUCCGGGAACUCGUCCACAACCUCUCUCGAUCGGACUCGUAGCCAUGGUCAAGACCGAAUCAACCAAAUCCUGGCCCAGCCUGGUGGCAAAUUCGUCGGUCUCCCUGCUACUGGCUUGACCAAGUUCCAAGCAACAGACAACCGAGCUCGAAGCAGUUCCCGCCCUACUCUCGAUGGCGGACGCCACUGGAGCAUCGCUGAUGACGAUGAUAAAGUACAGCAACGCAAAUCCAAUCCCAACACCGUCACCCAAGCCGACAUUGCCCGUGUGCGCGCCCUCUUCCUCUGCUCUGGCAUCAAAGCCAAAGAAAUCAGCACCCGAGCCCAGACAAAACGCAAGCCACCUCCCGACUUCCUACGCCGUGCUGCCGCAACCGCCAAAAUCGAUCUAUUCCCCGUCCCUAAAAAGGAAGAACACGUGCUCGCAGCCCGCAUCCUCGUCCGCGAACUCGAAGCCUCGACGCGGUCGCUGCAAAGCUCGCUGGAAUCCUUCCGCGACAAAGCCAUCAAGGAACUUGCGUGUAAGAUCGCCGACUUGCAUUCUACCGUGGAUGCAGAGCUCAUGACGCGCAUCUUGGACUCUGGCGACCAGGCGCUCCGGAUCACAAGCGAGAUAUCCGCCCAAGGGCCGUUGCAGGUCAAGGAGGUUACCGAGGAGAUUGAUCGGAUGCUCGGGGCGCGGCGGCGGCAGAUGGGUUGGAUCAGGGCGUUUGGGUGGAUGAUGGUGGAGUGGGGGCUUGUGGGGAUCAUGUGGUGCUUGUGGCUAGUGGUUGUGCUUGUUGGGGGUGUGAAGAAGGUUCUUGGAUGUGGGGUUGGGGUUGUGAGGUGGCUGCUUUGGCUUUAG